UUGUUGUUGCCUUGUUUGUUUACAUUCUCGUUGAAACUUUAACAUUAAAAUCACCAAAUUGCCAAACCAAAAUACAUGUAAAUGUUGCUGUUACUCUACCGAAGUCACCGUCCAUGAAUUCGCCUUGAUAUAUGCAGUACCGCCCAAUAGUAAACAAACAACAGCUGUUAUGUGGAAAUGUUACAGGAGCAGCAGUUAUUAGGAUGUUCCGUAAUAUUGUGAUUGGCAUAUCCGGCGGUGUAGAUAGCGCCAUUUCGGCGCUUAUACUCAAACAAAAAGGCUACCAUGUUGUCGGUGUAUUCAUGAAAAACUGGGACGAAUUUGACGAAACGGGUGCUUGCAGCGGUGAGCAAGAUUAUCGUGAUGCGGAAUAUACGUGCCAAAAACUUAACAUUGAAUUGCGUGUAGUGAACUACGUGAAGGACUAUUGGAAUUCGGUGUUCAGCGGUUUCCUGGAUGAUUAUCAAAAUGGACUCACACCAAAUCCGGACAUACUUUGUAAUAAAUACAUCAAAUUUGAUUUAUUCUAUAAAUAUGCCAGAGAACAAUUAAAAUGUGAUGCAAUCGCCACGGGACAUUAUGCGAAAACCAGUUUUGGAAACUUUUUAGAGCAUUAUAAUGCUAAUGGUGAUGUACACCUACUGCUACCACGCGAUACGUUUAAGGAUCAAACCUUUUUCCUCUCCGGUAUACAACGUCAUGCGCUCAGUCGCACCAUGUUUCCGUUGGGUGAUUCAAUGAAAAACGAUGUUAAAGCUUUAGCGUGUAAAUUUGGCCUAGAACGUUUGGCACACAAAAAGGAAAGUACAGGCAUUUGUUUUAUAGGUAAUCGUGAUUUUAAACAGUUCAUAAAGCAGUAUAUUCACCCGCAUCCUGGUCAUUUUGUCGAUAUUGACACCGGUCAAAUCGUGGGCACACACAAUGGCAUACAUGAAUGGACAAUUGGACAACGUUGCCGGCUUGCCUCCUUCCUACGUCCAUACUUUGUAGCACGAAAAGAAGUCACCAGCAAUACCAUAUAUGUGGCUUCCGGCCAUGAGCACCCAGAACUAUUUAGUGAUGUUAUUUAUGCGGACACACCGAACUGGCUGUGCAAUGAUCCUCUUACUGGUAUUGGCGAUGAUAGCGUAUCACGGGAACUGCGGUGCCGCUUUCGUUUCCAGCACACAAAACCAUUGGUUGGCUGUGCGGUUAGAAAAUGUCUCAAAGACACUUCAUGUGUCACAGUCACUCUAGAUAAGUCAUUACGGGCGCUUACACCAGGACAGUAUGCGGUGUUUUAUAGUGAAACUUCAUGCUUGGGUUCGGCGCGUAUCAUCAAUGCCAGUAGAAAAGUUGACGAAGUCCAAGAUAAGGCUGAGUACUUGAAACAAAGCUAGCGGUUAGUUUUAACGCAGCUAUAGUAUGAUGUGUUCAAGGCUUUUUAUAAAUUUGUUACAUAUAAAUGAAAUUAUAUGCCUACAAAUAUAAACCUUCACAAAAUUAUUUAUCCUCGGAGAGUUAAAAAGUAAUUUAUAAAACAUCGUUAGGUUUGUCUGUAUUAUAUCUUAAGCUUUUUAGUGUUUUAUUUUGCUAUCAUCUUAACGCAUGUUUUGUAAAUGCGAUAUGUAAAUCAUAUAAAUUUGCAUUAAAAUAAAUACUCAUUACAUUUCGUUUGGUUCAAUACGCAAUUUUUGUUCUGUUAGUCUCUCGAAUUUCUCAACAGUAACUGCAAAAUCAAUCAUAAAGAGUUUUCGUUGCGGUAUUGCUUACAAGUAUUAAAAUACAUCUAAAACUAACAAUCUUAUCAGGUCAUAAGGGUUAAAUAACGCUUACAUCUCUUACAAAUAAAACAUCUCAAUAAAUUCUAAUUUACGUCA